AUGGUGAUCUGUCACCAGUGUCCAGAUCAAAAUGACUCUUUAGAAGAACACACAAUGAAUGUCUACUCUCCACCUACCCUCUUGAAACUGGCAAGACAGCAGCUACUGAGGGAGGAGGCCUUGGCCAUUUCUGCUAUCAAGGAUAUUCCCAAUAGUCUAUUACCACUGAUGUUUGAGGAGGCCUUAAAGAUCUUGACAGCCAUGAUACCUGUGUGGCCCUUCCCAUACCUUUCUGUAGGAAUGCUGAUUGAGAACCUCAGCCUAGACACUUUGAAGGCUGUGCUUGAGGGGCUGGAUAUACUGAUUUCAAAAACGGUUCGAUCCAGUAGGUGCAAACUCAAAGAGAUCAGUUGGAGGGAUACAGACCAUGAGGGUCAUGUGAUAUGGGCUGGAUCCCAUGAAGCUGAAGGCUUACCAGUGUUCAUGGAAGAGAAGCAACCUGACUGUGGGAUGAAGAAAGAAUUGAAUGUGACGACUCAUCUCCAACUCAUGGAGGGCAGCCUUGAUGAAUGUACCACAUACUUGUUGCAGUGGGCCCAGCAAAGAAAUGAUUCCAUUCAUCUAUGCUGUAGAAAGCUGAAGAUUCGGGGUUUAACCAAAGGCACAGUCAGAGAAAUCUUCAAAAUUGUACAUGCAGACUGUGUACGAGAUCUGGAGCUAUAUUGUUUAUGCCUAGAAGAUUUGGAUUUUCUUAAUCCCUACCUAAAACAGAUGAGGAAUCUUCUCACAGUCUAUCUAUGCAUCAAUGGUCCUGUCAGUAUGGGUUAUUUUAGAAACCCUGAUGAGGAGAAAGAGAUCACAUGGAUUUCUCAACUUCCCACAUUCCACCAUCUCCGGGGACUUGAUAUAAAUGUUUUCUCUUUUAUACAAGGCAACCUGAAAGAAUGCCUCAGGUGCCUGAAGAAGCCUUUGAAGACAAUUGGCAUCACUUACUGUUCGCUCUCACAGUCAGACUUGGAUUACCUGCCCUAUUGCCUGAAUCUUUUUUAUCUCGAAUCUCUGCACCUCAUUGGUAUACCUUUAUCUGAUUUAUUCCUUGACCCUCUUGGAUUUCUCCUUGAGAGAGUUAGACAUACCCUGCAAUAUCUGGAAUUGAGGUCAUAUGGAGUGAAUGAAUCUCAGUUCAAUGCCCUCCUACCUUCCCUAAGUCAAUGUUCCCAACUCAUAGAAAUCAAUUUCUGCAAUAAUAAUUUCUCUCUGCAAUUCCUGAAAAAAGUUCUACACCACACAGCUAAGCUUAGCCAGCUAAUUAUUGAGGUGUACCCUGCCCCUCUGGAGUGCUAUGAUGAUGGGGGUGUAAUAUUUUCAGACAGAUUAGAACAUUUCUGUCAUGAGCUCCUGGAUAUACUCAGGGCCAAAAGACAGCCCACUGUUGUCACCAUUGCUACAACUGAAUGCUCUAAGUGCGGUGUUAUCUAUGUUUAUGAUCUAGAGACCCAAUGUUGUCUUUUCAAAAAAUAA